AUGUCGAUCGAAGCUACAUUCUCAAUGCUUUCGCUAGCCGAGCCUUUGCCAAGUGGCUCUGUUGAGGUGAAAAGUUUGGUUUUCAAGCCAAAAACUCCAAAGAGUCAGACCCCAGUUCCAAUCAUUGUUGUCGCUAAGAAAGAUACCAAGACUGCAAGCAAGUUGAUAGCCCAGGAGGCAAAUGCCAAGGAUCCAAGACUGGCCAGAGAUGAGUUGACCACUCAAUUUUUUGGCUGCCCUGCCAGAAAAUUCACUAUUGCUUUGUUGUCUGCCAAGCAUAAGGAUACCGUUAAGGUCUUGUUGGAUUCGACCAUCUCGGACGAUGAGGCAACAAAGUACGUCAUUUCAAACGAAGAAGGUCGCCUUGUUUUGACCGGUAAGCAGUUGGUUGGCUUCCUCUCUACUUUCACACCUAAAGUUGUUGACUUUUCGAAAGCUCCAGAGGCCAAGAAAGCACCAGCAGGAGGAAAAUCGCAGAGCAAUAAGGUUACAAAGAAAGCCAAGAAGAUAAGCAGUGCUUUGGAAGACGCAAAGCUUAUUGGCGUCACCGUUGACAAGAAUAAGGACUUCCCAGGUUGGUAUCAGCAGAUUCUCACUAAGGGUGAGAUGCUCGACUACUACAACGUUUCCGGAUGUUACAUCUUGCGUCCCGGCUCAUAUACCAUCUGGGAGCAGAUCCAGUCGUGGUUUGAUGCCGAGAUCAAGAAGGACAAUGUUCGCAAUGCGUACUUCCCGAUGUUUGUUUCGUCAUCUGUUUUGAACAAGGAAAAGGAUCACGUUGAAGGUUUUGCACCUGAAGUUGCCUGGGUUACCAGAGCUGGUAGCUCCGACUUGGACGAACCUAUUGCCAUCAGACCAACUUCUGAGACUGUCAUGUACCCAUACUUUGCCAAGUGGAUUCGCUCGCACAGAGAUCUUCCUCUCAAGUUGAAUCAGUGGAACUCUGUCGUCAGAUGGGAGUUCAAGCACCCUCAGCCAUUCUUGAGAACCAGAGAGUUUUUGUGGCAAGAAGGUCACACUGCCCAUUUGACAGCCCAGGAGGCAGAGGAUGAGGUUUUGCGUAUUUUGGACUUGUACGAAAAGAUUUUCAACGAUUUGUUGGCCUUGCCGAUUGUCAAGGGUAAGAAGACCGAGAAGGAGAAGUUUGCAGGUGGUUUCUACACCACUACAUGUGAGGGAUACAUUCCAACUACCGGAAGAGGUAUCCAGUGUGCUACUUCUCACAACUUGGGACAGAACUUCUCCAAGAUGUUCAACAUCUCUGUUGAGAAUCCUGCUGGUUCCGACAAGCCUAAGUUGUUUGUCCACCAGACAUCCUGGGGUAUUUCAACCAGAGUUAUUGGUGUCAUGGUGAUGGUUCACUCCGAUAACAAGGGUUUGGUCAUUCCUCCAAGAGUUGCUCAGUUCCAGACGGUCAUUAUUCCAGUUGGUUUGACCACCAAGACCUCCAAGGAUGUCGAGGAGAAAGUCUUUGACACUUGUAAGAAGCUUGAGGCCAGAUUAAAGUCUGAUGGAAUCAGAGUUGCUACCGAUUACGAGCAGUACUACUCUCCAGGUUGGAAAUUCGCCCAGUGGGAGUUGAAGGGUGUCCCAGUCAGACUAGAAGUUGGUCCAAAGGAUGUCGCAAACGAGUCUGUUUUGGCUGUUAGGAGAGACACCGGUGCAAAGUCAUCAAUAAAGUUGGCUGAGAUCGACAAAAAGUUGCCAGAGCUAUUUGACGAAAUCCACAACUCUCUUUACAAGAAGGCCAAGGACACGUUCGACGCUCAUCGUGUUGUUGUGCACACCUGGAAGGAGUUUGUUCACAACUUGAACCAGAAGAAUAUCGUUGUUGCCCCAUGGUGUGGUCGUAUGGAGUGCGAGGAAGAUAUUAAGAAGGAGUCUGCUACCACUGAUAGCGGUGAGGAAUUCGUCGUUGAUGAAAAGGCACCUUCUAUGGGAGCAAAGUCGCUUUGUAUUCCAUUCAAGCAACCAAAGCUGGAGGCUGGUGAGAAAUGUGUGAAGUGUGGUCAACCAGCCGUGAACUUCACGAUGUUUGGAAGAUCAUACUGA